GGGAGGAGGAGGUGGAAGAGAAAGAUUGGAUCAUCAUCGGAGGAGGAGGAGGUCAGUGAUGGGGAGGGAGGAAGUCAACGAUGGGGAGGGAAUGAGGUCAGCUAUGGGGAGGGGAGGAAGAAGGAGAUUGGGAGGAGGAGGUGGCAGAGAAAGAUCGGAGGAGGAGGAGGAGGAGCGAUCGGGAGAGAAGGAAGAGGAUCGGGAGGAGGAGGAGGAAGAGGACGACGGGGAGGAUGAGGACGAAGAGGGCGAUGGGGAGGAGGAAGACGACGAAGACGAUCGAGAGGAGGAGGAGGAAGUCAGCAUUGGGAAGGGGAGGAAGAGGCAGAUUGGGAGGGAAGAGGACGGAGGAAGUCAGCAAUGGAGAGGGGAGGAAGAGGCAGAUCGGGCGGAGGAGGAGGAAGAGGACGAUGGGGAGGAGGAGGACGAAGAGGGCGAUGAGGAGGAGGAAGACGACAAAGACGAUCGGGAGGAGGAGGAGGAAGUCAGCGAUGGCGACGAAGUCGACGAUGGGGAGAAGGAGGAAGACGACGGGGAGGAGGACGUGGCAAGGGAGGAGGAGGAAGUCGACGCUUCGUCCUCCAUUGUCGUCUUCCUCCUCUCCUCGUCGUCGCGAACGUCAACGCGAUUUAAAAAUAAAAAUAAAAAAAAUGACGUGACAGGGAGGACGAAGUCGACGAUGAGGAGGAGGAGGCGGAAGAGGACGACGGGGGGGAGGAUGACGGAGAUGGCAAUGGGGAGGAGGAGGACAAAGAUGGCAAUGAAGAGUAGAAGAACGACGAAGAUGGUCAUGGGGAGGGGAAGGACGAAGUGGACAACGGGGAGGGUGACGAGGAGGACGAAAAGGAGGAGGAGAAAGAAAGUACUCACCAGCGAUGGCGACUCCGGGCGCAGGCACUGCACGACGUAUGGCGAUGGCAACGACCAGGGCAAUGGCGGCAGCUCCACGGCAGCGCCGCGACAGAUGGUGAUGGUGACGACUAGGGCGAUGGUGAGGACCAGGAUGACGAGGACGGACGGCAGAUGGCGAGGCGGACGACCAGGGCAAUGGAGGCAGCUCCACGGCAGCUCCACGGCAGCUCCACGACAGCUCCACGAUGGCGACACGGCGGCUGGCGAUGGUGACGACCAGGGCGACGGCGACGACCAGGAUGACGGGGACGGACUGCAGCCGGGUGGAGGGGUGACGCGGUUUGGGGGGUAGACCUUCCCGGCACGAAUUCG